AUGGCAACUUUUGCGCGCCCGGUCGCCUCGACCAUUAAUGGGGUCGACUUCAAUGUCUACUCCGAGGAAGAGAUCAAAGCUCUCUCGGUGAAAAGAAUUCACAAUACUCCGACUUUGGAUUCAUUUAACAACCCUGUUCCUGGUGGUCUUCAAGACCCUGCUAUGGGCGCUUGGGGCGAUCAUGUAUGCACUACCUGUCGCCAAAAUUCUUUUACAUGUACCGGACACCCCGGACACAUUGAGCUUCCAGUACCGUUCUAUAAUGUUACCUUCUUCGAUCACAUUUUCCGACUUCUCCGAGCACAAUGUGUGUACUGUCUCCGCUUGCAGAUGGGCCGCAGCCAGGUCAACAUGUACACCUGCAAAUUGCGCCUCUUGCAAUACGGCUUGGUCGACGAUGUCGCUGUUGUCGAUGCUAUGGGAGCGGUGAAAGGUGCCAAGUCCAAGGCUACUAAGGGCAAGGAAGACGAAUCGGACGAUGACGAUGAAGCCGAUGAUGACGACUAUAUGAAAAAGAGGUCCGAAUAUGUCUCUCGGCGCAUCCGUGAAGCCAAGAAGGAGGGCAAAUUGGACGGAUUGAUGGCUGGCGGGCAAAACCCUAUUGCCGCAGAAGCCAGGAGAGAGUUGAUCAAGGCCUUCUUCAAGGACAUCAACGCAUUCAAGAAAUGUGUUAACUGUAGCGGGAUUUCCCCGUCUUACAAGAAAGAUCGCUACAACAAAAUCUUCCGGAAGCAGUUAACUGAGAAGCCGAAGCUUGCAAUGCUGCAGGGAGGAUUCCAGGCACCGAAUACCAUGGUACUACUUGAACAGGAAAGACACUCGAAGUCCAAGCAGAAUGGUGUAUCCGAGAUCCACGGCGCUGAGGAAGAGAUUCGACGCGGCGUGGCUGUCGUGCAGGAGGUACAGGGAUCGACCGGUCAAGAAUUCAUGUCUUCAUCUGAGGUCUAUGCCGCUCUUCAUCUUCUUUUCCAGAAAGAAGAUGACAUCAUGCAGCUUGUCUACAACUCUCGGCCUGUGCCCAAGGGAGUGAAGGUUGUCUCGGCGGAUAUGUUCUUCAUCAAGAGCCUCAUGGUUCCGCCAAAUAAGUACCGCCCUGCCGUUCAGCAGGGUGCCGGAACGGUCAUGGAGGCCCAGCAGAACACUUCGUUCAAUGCCAUCCUAAAGGGGUGUGAUACCAUCAACCAGAUCAGCAAAGAGAUCCAAAACGAGGAAGAGAAAACCAUGUCUCGGGCACGGAAUUACAGUGACCUCCUCCAGGCUAUCGUCCAGCUUCAGGAUGUGGUCAACGGCUUGAUUGACCGCGAUCGCACCUCGGUCACUGGCUCAGCUGCCCUGUCACAGCCUAACGGUAUCAAACAGAUUCUCGAGAAGAAGGAAGGUUUGUUCCGAAAGAACAUGAUGGGCAAGCGUGUCAACUUUGCUGCUCGUAGUGUCAUUUCGCCUGAUCCCAACAUCGAACCCAACGAGAUCGGUGUACCUCUCGUCUUCGCAAAGAAGUUGACUUUCCCCGAACCCGUCACAAAUCACAACUUCUGGGAAUUGAAGGAGGCCGUCAUUAAUGGCCCCGACAAAUACCCCGGUGCUUCUUCCAUUGAGAACGAAAACGGACAAGUCAUCAACCUGAAGUUCAAGAACCUGGAAGAGCGGACAGCGCUUGCCAACCAGCUCCUCGCACCGUCAAAUUGGCGCCAGAAAGGUUCGCGCAACAAGAAAGUCUAUCGUCAUCUCACUACUGGUGAUUACGUUUUGAUGAACCGUCAGCCCACUCUGCACAAGCCCUCCAUCAUGGGUCACAAGGCUCGUGUCCUUCCCAAUGAGCGCGUCAUUCGCAUGCACUACGCCAACUGCAACACCUACAAUGCCGAUUUCGAUGGUGAUGAAAUGAACAUGCAUUUCCCCCAGAAUGAGCUUGCUCAAGCAGAAGCCAGAAUGCUGGCCGAUGCUGACCACCAGUACCUUGUUGCCACAUCAGGUAAACCUCUGAGAGGUCUGAUUCAAGAUCACAUCUCAAUGGGAACAUGGGUUACGUGUCGUGACACCUUCUAUGACGAGGAAGAUUACAACCAGCUGUUGUACAGUUGUUUGAGACCGGAGCACUCGCACAUUGUCACGGACCGGAUCCAGUUGGUGGAGCCUGCCGUGCGAAAGCCCAAAUGUUUAUGGACCGGAAAACAGCUCAUUACGACAAUCCUCAAAAACAUUCAACCCCAAGACCGAGGUGGUUUGACUUUGCAGAGCAAGUCUUCGACUCCUGGUAACCGAUGGGGCGAAGGCAACGAGGAGGGAGAUGUCCUUUUCCAGGAUGGCGAGUAUCUGUGUGGUAUUCUCGAUAAAAAACAACUCGGCCCCACUGCUGGAGGUCUCAUCGAUGCCGUUCAUGAAGUGUAUGGAUAUAGCAUUGCUGGAAAGCUUAUUGGUAUCCUUGGAAGACUCCUCAACCGCGUUCUCAACCUGCGGGGUUUCAGCUGUGGUAUCGAUGAUCUUCGAUUGACCAAGGAGGGUGACCGUAUCCGCAAGGAGAAAUUGGCUACUGCCCCUCAAAUGGGUCUCGAGGUCGCUCUGAAGUAUGUCACCUUGGACAAGGCUUCUGGUGACCAGACUCCUGAGUUGAACCGACGAUUGGAGGAGGUUCUUCGCGAUGACGACAAGCAAAGUGGAUUGGAUAGCGUUUCCAACGCCCGGUCUGCGAAGCUCUCUUCUGAAAUCACUGGUGCCUGUCUCCCACAUGGUCUUGCUAAGCCUUUCCCUUGGAACCAGAUGCAGUCUAUGACAAUCUCUGGAGCUAAGGGAUCUGGUGUUAACGCCAACCUGAUUUCUUGUAAUCUCGGCCAGCAGGUUCUUGAGGGUCGACGUGUACCACUCAUGAUCAGUGGAAAGACUCUUCCGUCGUUCAAGGCCUUCGAAACACACCCCAUGGCCGGUGGUUACGUGUCUGGUCGUUUCUUGACCGGUAUCAAACCCCAGGAAUACUACUUCCACGCCAUGGCUGGUCGUGAAGGUCUGAUUGAUACUGCCGUCAAGACCUCUAGAUCCGGUUACCUGCAGCGUUGUCUGAUCAAGGGCAUGGAAGGCCUGAAGGCCGAGUACGACUCCUCUGUCCGUGAGGCAUCUGAUGGCUCCAUUGUCCAAUUCUUGUACGGAGAGGACGGUCUCGACAUCACCAAGCAGGUGCACCUCAACGACUUCGAUUUCCUUGCUCAGAACCACAUCUCCAUUUCCAAGCAAGUUCAAGCCGACGACUAUCACAAAUUGGCCAAGGAACACGUCACUACGUGGCACAAGGAUGCCAUCAAGGCAGUUCGCAAGACUGGAAAGGUUGACGCUAUGGACCCUGCAUUGUCUCAAUUCCCUCCCGGAGGCAACCUGGGUAGUACUUCUGAAGCGUUCGCUCAGGAGCUCAAGAAGUACGCGGACGUCAACAAGAGCAAGCUCAUCAAAGACAAGAAGAAGAACAUUGAGGGCAAGCUCAGCAAGAAGACAUUCGAGGCUUUAAUGAACAUGAAGUACAUGAAGUCUAUCAUUGAUCCUGGCGAGGCUGUCGGAAUUAUGGCCGGUCAGUCCGUUGGUGAACCCUCCACACAGAUGACACUCAACACCUUCCAUUUGGCUGGUCACUCCGCAAAGAACGUCACACUGGGUAUUCCCCGUCUACGUGAAAUUGUCAUGACUGCAAGUGCAAAUAUUAUGACGCCUACGAUGACCCUUCUUCUGAAUGAAGAAAUUUCCAAGGAGGACUCUGAAAAGUUCGCCAAGGCCAUCAGCAAACUCAGCAUCGCUGAACUGGUCGAUACGGUGCGGGUUAAGGAGCGCAUUGGCCAGGGUAUUGGUCAUGCCAAGGCUAAGAUUUACGACAUCGAGAUCGAUUUCUUCCCAUCUGAAGAGUACACCAAGGAAUACGCGAUUGAGACCAAGGAUGUCCUAAUUGCUCUGCAAUCCAAGCUCAUCCCUCGUUUGGUAAGACUCACCAAGGCGGAACUCAAGAAGCGCAACGAAGAGAAGAAGGGUGUCAAGGGCACUACAUCUCAGCCUGAAAUCGGUGUCUCCGUCGGCAGAAUCGCGGAGGCCCCGAGAGGCGCUGACACCGAGGCCCAGCCCGCCGAUGAUGACAACGAAGACGACGAGGAUGAUGCCAAGCGGGCAGCAGGCGCUCAAAACCGGGGCAACCAGGUUUCCUACGAGGGACCCGACGAUGGCGAGCGGGAAAUCAUCCGACGCCAAGAUUCCCCCGAGGAGGAUGAGGACGAGGAUGAGAGCAGUAAGCCUGCCAAGGGCACCCGCGACGUGGAAAUGCAGGACGGAUCUGAUUCAGAGGAUGACUCUGAUGACGAGACUGCCCAGGACACCAAGGCGCGCGAGGACGAUGUCAUGGGCAAGUUCGAGGAAAUUACCAAGUUCAAAUUCGACCCGAAGAAGGGCAACACUUGCUCCAUCCAACUGCAGUACGACGUCGAAACCCCCAAGCUCCUGCUCCUUCCGCUGGUUGAAAAGGUUCUCCACCUCGCCGUAAUCCAGUGCAUCCCCGGCAUGGGCAACUGUGUCUACGUCGAGGCCGACGAGGCCAAGGGCGAUCCCGCCAACAUUGUCACCGAGGGUGUCAACCUGCUUGCCAUGCGCGACUACCAGGAUAUCAUCAAGCCCCACUCGAUCUACACUAACUCCAUCCACGACAUGCUCAAGUUGUACGGUGUGGAGGCUGCUCGGGCCACCAUCGUCCGCGAAAUGGACGCCGUUUUCAAGGGUCACAGUAUCUCCGUCGACAACCGUCACCUGAACUUGAUCGGUGAUGUGAUGACGCAGUCUGGUAGCUUCAAGGCCUUCAGCCGUAACGGCUUGGUCAAGGAUGCCUCGUCUGCUUUCGCGCGCGCCAGUUUCGAGACUACUGUCGGCGCCCUGAAGGACGUUGUGCUCGAGAGGGGUGUUGAUAACCUCAAGAGUCCUAGUAGUAGGAUUGUUGUUGGCCGUGCCGGCACCGUCGGCACUGGUUCCUUCGACAUUCUUGCUCCUGUAGCAUAG